UAGCAUUCAUCAUGGACGGGCAAAUAAAGAAAAUAGAUACCUUGGUUAACCUGUCUGGCAAAAAAAUACAAAGCUAUGAAGUGAAACGUCUAACCGCCCCUGGCGAGAACUACGGAAGCUUAAUGCUAAGCCUGGAAAUCACCACCGAAGACUCCGAAAAAAUAUCCCUAGUAGCCAAAGCGGUACCACCCAACGAAUUCAUCCAAGAAUACUUCAUGACUUCGAUCACCUUCCGCAACGAGAUCGUGUUCUACAAGCACAUAGUACCCACCCUGCAGGAGUUCCAGCGACAAAACGGAGUGACCGAAGUUAUAGAUUUUACCCCGAAGUACUUCGGAAGCAGACUGAACUUAACCGGUAGCGACAAAGUGGAUCAAGACGCCGUAUUACUACUCGAGAAUCUAAAAAUCCAGAAUUAUGGUACCUUGGACUCAACUAUUGGUUUAGAUCUAGACACCACUAAACUAAUCCUGGCGGAUUUAGCCCACCUUCACGCCGUCCCUUUAGCCUACAAACUCCACAAGCCCGUGGACUUCGCCACAAACAUCAAACCCUUCUUGAACGACUGGACCCCCAACAUCCACCCAAACAUGAAAGAGAUAAUUUCGCGUUUAAUCGACAAGUUCGAGCAGUUGAAGGAUUUGAAAGCGCGACUCGUGGAAGGUUUCGAUAAAAUCAAAGAGUAUUUUCCGGCUAGAGAACCUUUUGGAACCAUCACCCACAACGACUGCUGGGUCAACAACAACAUGGUUCAACUUCAAGAUGGUACUCCGGUUAGGAACAAACUCGUGGACUACCAAAUCGCCAGCUACGGGUCUCCAGCUCGCGACAUAGUCUUCUUCUUGUUUUCCAGCGUGAAGAACGACGUCGUGACGCAGUACUACGAUCGGUUGAUCGAGUGGUACCACGGGAUUUUUGUUUCGGAUUUAGAAGCGUUGAAGUGCGAUACGAAACCGUUUUCUUUGGAGGCUCUGAAGGAGGAGAUUGAUAUAGAGGCUAGAGAUUCGCAGUUCGGACAUGUGGCUUUCAUGCUUUACCCAAUCUUCGCUGUACGGAAGAACGUAGGAGAUUUGUCGAACCUUUCGCCGGGGAAUAUUUUUUCGGACGAGGUCACAGAGUUGCACAAGCAGAAGUUUCUUUUUGUGGUUGAGGAGUUUGUGAAGAGGAAUUGGGUUUAAUGGGACUGUGUCUUGAAUAAUAAAUGUUGGUUGUGUUUUCAAGGUUGACUGUACUUACUAAGUUUGUUUUAUUUUCAUUGUUAUACUAAAUGAUUAGAUAGCAUUUUUUUAAACGUGUGUACUUGUUCUAAACGUAUGUAAAUAAUUAAAUAAAUCUUCAAGGAUUAUUAAAGAGGUAAGUUGAAACUUAAACUGCAGUGCACUGGAAAACCUUGUAGAGUGUUGUGAUUAGAACAUACAUGGAAAGUUUGUCGUUUAUCACGUAUUAAAGAUAAGUGACAUUUCAUCUUGAUAUGAAGCGUUACCU